UUCCACUCAUCCAAUCCUCUCUCUUUCCGUAAUGCACAACUCUAGAGAGAGAAAGGGAAAUCACUGUAGAAAGUAGAGAUGAUCAGGAAGAAGAACGACGACGACGACGAACGUUCCGGUUCGAAGUUUGAAGCGCGCGAGAUUAAGGUGGCCGAAAGCUUGAUACUCCUUCACAAAGGAAGAAUGCUGUACGAAAUUGAAGAUCGUUUACGACUCAAGUGGGGAUCCAAGAGGAGGAGAUCUGUACUCAACGACAAAGACUCGUCUCCUUCGGCCAUUCCGGUGGGCUCGCAGACGUUGAAGCUCGUUACUUGUGAUGUGGGGCCUAGUUCAACCGAGCCCGCGGUUAAAGAACCUCGCAUCACUGCCAAGUAUGAGAACUCAAGUCCUGCUUCGCCGCUUUCUUUUCCGCCGAGCGAAUCAGAGGAGAAGCCUAAUUUCUUGAAAAGAAAGCGCCCUGGAAGGAACAAAGAACAGUUGUCGAAGCUCAUAAACGAGUUUACAGAGGGCAAAGAACUGUUGACUAAAGAGCAUAGGACUGUGACUACAUAUUACGACAACCUGAAAGCGUUGAAUUCUGAUUUAAAGGCAAAGAUUGAGGAGAUUAAUGCAGGAAGUAAAAUAAGAACACCAAAAUUGGGAAUUGGUGAAAGCUCGAAUGCUGCGAUGGAAUCUUGCCAAAUCCAGUCUUGUCCCAGUCAACGGCUUGAUCAUCCGCCGUUGAUCACCAUCGAUCGUAGGGCUCAAGAAAGAGGGAACAACUACCAAAUUCCUGAUCUGAACGUGUCAGUACCAGAGGAGGAGUGCUGUUGGUCGGAAUAUCAUCCACCGUUCGAUGUAUCCGUGGCUGAUGUGAAGAAGGUGCAAAUGGCUGCUGAGGCUAGAAAAAAAAGGCUUAACAUCUGCAGGGUCAAGAGUCGGGUUUCUUCUGCCAACAAGCUGCGUUAUCCCUGUACCUGAUUGUCUUCUAUUCUUUCUAACCAUUAUUCUUAUUUAGAUAAGAUAUUUUUUUCCUACAGUAACAAUUAGGACUCAUUUUCUUUUAAAGUAGGAGGAAUUUUAUUCAGGGCAUUGUAUCUAAUUGGGUUUCUGAAAAUUGUAAAUUUGAUGGAAACUCUAUAACCAGAUUUUGGUCAGUUCUAUAGGAUUAAUUGAGCUGGGCUGUUGGUAUUCUUUUUGAGUAAUUUGACUCAAUAUAAUGAGUUUUGUCUUUUAAUCAA